CUGAUAAACUUGAUUAAGAACAGAUUUAACAAAUCUUUAGCAUCAUUUUAGGAUCAAGUUAUUAAUGGAAUAAGCAUAAAACCCCUAUCUAAAUUCUUCAUUUCUGUGGACAACUGAUUGGUUACUCUUUCAAAUCCCGUUGGAAUUUCGUUUCUUAAUCGGAUUCUGAUCGAACUGGAAAAUCUGAGAGUGCAAGAAAGUUCAGUCCAUCGAGGUGGAAAUGGAGUUCACCAAAGGGAAAGCAAAGGUACAUAUUUUCGAUGCUGAUGAGGAUCUCUCAGUCUCUCUUGCGAAAUACACCGCAGCUAUGUCAGAGAAGUUUGUUCAAGAGAGAGGGGCUUUCAGUGUAGUUUUGUCCGGGGGUUAUCUCAUCAAAUAUAUGAACAAAUUAGUAGAACCUCCUUAUGUUGAUUCGGUUGAUUGGGCGAAGUGGCAUGUCUUCUGGUUGGAUGAGAGAGUUGUUCCUAAGGAUCAUGAGGACAGUAACUACAAACUCGCUUAUGAUGGUUUUCUGUCCAAGGUCCCAAUCCCUCCCAGUCAAAUUUAUGCCAUCAACGAUGCAUUGUCUGCUGAGGGAGCUGCUGAUGAUUAUGAAGCCUGUCUUAAAGAGUCGGUAAAGAACAAGGUAGUGGAUUUGUCAGCAACUACUGGGUUUCCUAAAUUUAAUCUCAUGCUAUUAGGAAUGGGCCCAGAUGGUCAUGUAGCUUCUCUGUUCCCUCGGCAUCCUCUUGUGCAUGAGAAGAAGCGAUGGGUUACCUUCAUUAAGGACUCGCCGAAACCACCACCAGAGAGGAUUACUUUCACUUUUCCAGUUAUCAAUUCAUCUGCCUAUAUAGCACUUGUGGUGGUUGGAGCUGCUGAAGCUGGUCCAGUGCAUAGAGCGCUUAGUAAUGAUAGUGAAAGUUCUGAUAUGCUGCCUGUUCAAAUGGUGUCACCUGAAGGGGAGACAACUUGGUUUCUAGACAAGGAAGCAGGUUCAAAGCUGUAGGAUUAUGCAGGCCUGGGACUGUGUUUAGUGUGAUCCAUAUAAUAAGUUUUCUACUGUGUUUAGUGUGAUCCAUAUAAUAAGUUUUCUCUGAUAUCUAUUCUGAAAUGUGUUGUUUAGUAAAAGAUUGUAUGGGCAUGUAAGUCAGUGGCAACAACUGGCUACAGAGGUACCUAGUUGUGUGUAUGCUGCGGGAUUAGAAUGGACUAAAUUUAUCAUACACUGGAUAAAUCCCUAUCGGGUGACUUGUGGUUACAUACAAAUAUAAGUUUGUUUACAGCAUUUUUAGUUUCUAAA